AUGGCGACUUUGAACCCUUUCGACCUCUUGGACGGUGACGCAGAGGAUGCAAGCCAGCUCGUUGCGGCUAAGCCUUUGAAGGUUGAGAAAGCGGCUCCUGUUAAGCCUGCUGAUUCCGGACAUGUAUCUCUUACAUUGCUUGAACUUUACUUUAUGGAUUCCAGGAAUCAGGAUGGUCCUCGUAAUGAAAACGGCUAUGGUGGAGGCCACAGACCCCCCUCUGGAGAAGGGGACGGAGCAAGACGUGGUGGCUCUGUUGGUGGAUACCGUGGUGGUGGUCGAGGGGGUAGCCGUGGAGGCUCCAGCAAUGGAGAGUCAGGUGAAUUUGAACGCCCACGGAGGACCUUCAACCGCCACAGUGGGACAGGUCAACGAAAUGACUUUAAACGUGAUGGAGGUGGCCUUGGCAACUGGGGAACCACUGAAGACGACGUACCGGUGACUGAAGAAUCCACAGCAGUGGCUGAUAAGAACUUGGCUGUUGAAAAGCAAGGCGGUGAAGAUGAAUCAACUGAUGCAAAGAAAGAGUCGCCUUCUAAAGAACAAGCAAAGAAAGAGCCAGAGCCAGUGACAUUUACUCUGCAAGAGUAUGAAAAGGUUUUGGAAGAGAAGAAGAAAGCUCUGGAGGUGACCAAGGUUGAGGAGAGGAAGGUUGACACAAAAGAGUUUGAGUCCAUGCAACAGCUUUCGAGCAAAAAGAGCAACAACGAUGAAGUUUUCAUCAAACUGGGAACAGAGAAGGACAAGCGCACAGUUGAGAAAGAAGAAAAGGCCAAGAAGUCAUUGAGCAUAAACGAGUUUCUGAAACUCUACAAACCGAGAGGUGGAUACCGAGGAGGAUACCGAGGAGGACGUGACCCAAGAGGAGGAGCAGCCCCAGGAGGACCUACCCGAGGAGGACCUUCCCGAGGAGGAGCAGCCCCAGGAGGACCUUCCCGAGGAGGAGCAGCCCCAGGAGGAGAAGCCCCAGGAGGAGAAGGUAACCAGAGCUAUGAACGAGUUGCUGCACCAGCCAUUGAGGACACGGCACAGUUCCCUACUUUGGGAAAGUAA